AUGUCACUCUCGCUUCCUUACGUCGCCCACGCUUCCUUACGUCGCCCGCGCUUCCUUACGGAACUCACGUUUCCUUUCGUCGCACACGCUUCCGCUCGUCUCUCCCUUCCAUUCGCCGCCCUCCCUUCCGCCCGUCGCCUUCCAUCCGCUCGUCGCCCACCCUUUUGCCCGUCGCCCUCCCUGGCGCACGUCGUUCUCCCAUCCGCGCGUUGUAUCUCCCAUCCGCGCGUCGCCCUCCCUUCCGCACGCCGCCCUCACUUCCGCCCGUCGCCCUCCCUGGCGCACGUCGCCCUCCCUUCUGCGCGUCGCCCUCCCAUCCGCCCGUCGCCCUCCCAUCCGCGCGUCGCCCUCCCAUCCGCCCGUCGCCCUCCCUUCCGCCCGUCGCCCUCCCUUCCGCCCGUCGCCCUCCCAUCCAAGCGUCGCCCUCCCUUCCGCCCCUCCCUUCCGCCCGUCGCCCUCCCUCCCGCCCGUCGCCCUCCCUUCCGCCCUGCCAUCCACGCCGCGUCGCCCUCGCCAUCCCUCCCGUCUCCCAUCCCAUCGCGCACACUGGUCACCCUCCCUUUUCUACCCCUACACACGCCCUUCCCUCCCCCCAAUAAUCGCAAAUCUCCCCCACACUGCUUACCUCUCCCACUCUCCCCAUCCCCUUCCAUGCCGCCUCCAAUCCCCUUCCCUGCUUCCCCCCCUCCCCUUCCCUGCUUCCCCCCAUCCCCUUCACUGCUUCCCCCCCUCCCCUUCCCUGCUUCCCCAUGUCCCCUUCCCUGCUUCCCCCCAUCCCCUUCCCUGCUUUCCCCCAUCCCUUUCCCUGCUUCCCCCCAUCCCCUUCCCUGCUUCCCCAUGUCCCCUUCCCUGCUUCCCCCCAUCCCCUUCCCUGCUUCCCCCCAUCCCCUUCCCUGCUUCCCCCCAUCCCCUUCCCUGCUUCCCCCCAUCCCUUUCCCCGAUUCCCCAUGGCCCGUUCCCUGCUUCCCCCCUUCCCCUUCCCUGCUUCCCCCCAUCCCCUUCCCCGAUUCCCCCCAUUCCCUUCCCUGCUUCCCCCCAUCCCCUUCCCUGCUUCCCCCCAUCCCCUUCCCUGCUUCCCCCCAUCCCCUUCCGUGCUUCCCCAUGUCCACGUCCCUGCUUCCCCCCAUUCCCUUCCCUGCUUCCCCCCAUCCCCUUCCCUGCUUCCCCAUGUCCACGUCCCUGCUUCCCCCCAUUCCCUUCCCUGCUUCCCCCCAUCCCCUUCCCUGCUUCCCCCCAUCCCCUUCACUGCUUCCCCCCCUCCCCUUCCCUGCUUCCCCAUGUCCCCUUCCCUGCUUCCCCCCAUCCCCUUCCCUGCUUUCCCCCAUCCCUUUCCCUGCUUCCCCCCAUCCCCUUCCCUGCUUCCCCAUGUCCCCUUCCCUGCUUCCCCCCAUCCCCUUCCCUGCUUCCCCCCAUCCCCUUCCCUGCUUCCCCCCAUCCCCUUCCCUGCUUCCCCCCAUCCCUUUCCCCGAUUCCCCAUGGCCCGUUCCCUGCUUCCCCCCUUCCCCUUCCCUGCUUCCCCCCAUCCCCUUCCCCGAUUCCCCCCAUUCCCUUCCCUGCUUCCCCCCAUCCCCUUCCCUGCUUCCCCCCAUCCCCUUCCCUGCUUCCCCCCAUCCCCUUCCGUGCUUCCCCAUGUCCACGUCCCUGCUUCCCCCCAUUCCCUUCCCUGCUUCCCCCCAUCCCCUUCCCUGCUUCCCCAUGUCCACGUCCCUGCUUCCCCCCAUUCCCUUCCCUGCUUCCCCCCAUCCCCUUCCCUGCUUCCCCCCAUCCCCUUCCCUGCUUCCCCCCAUCCCUUUCCCCGAUUCCCCAUGGCCCGUUCCCUGCUUCCCCCCAUCCCCUUCCGUGCUUCCCCCCAUCCCCUUCCGUGCUUCCCCCCAUCCCCUUCCCCGAUUCCCCAUGUCCCGUUCCCUGCUUCCCCCCAUCCCCUUCCCUGCUCCCCCCCAUCCCCUUCCCUACUUCCCCCCAUCCCCUUCCCUGCUUCCCCAUGUCCACUUCCCUGCUUCCCCCCAUCCCCUUCCCUACUUCCCCCCAUCCCCUUCCCUGCUUCCCCAUGUCCCCUUCCCUGCUCUCCUCCUCACUCUAUUCCCCCCUGCUCUAUUCCCCCUGCUCUAUUCCCCCCUGCUCUAUUCCCCCCUGCUCUGUUCCCCCCUGCUCUAUCCCCCCCUGCUCUAUUCCCCCCUGCUAUAUUCCCCCCUGCUCUAUUUCCCCCUGCUCUAUUCCCCCCUGCUCUAUUCCCCCCUGCUCUGUUCCCCCCUGCUCUAUCCCCCCCUGCUCUAUUCCCCCCUGCUAUAUUCCCCCCUGCUCUAUUUCCCCCUGCUCUAUUCCCCCCUGCUCUAUUCCCCCCUGCUCUCUCCCCCCUUGCUCUCUCUCUUCUCACCUCCUCACUCCGUUUCCCCCUUGCUCACUCGGUUUUCCCAUUGCUCAUUCUCUUCCCCCCUGCUCACUCUCUUUCCCCAUUGCUCAUUCUCUUUCCCCCUGCUCACUCUCUUUCCCCAUUGCUCAUUCUCUUCCCCGCUGCUCAUUCUCUUUCCCCUUGCUCAUUCUGUUUCCCCCUGCUCAUUCUGUCCCCAGCACCAGGUGUAG